AACCUUACAGUACAAAAAGAAAAACGCUGAACUUCCGGUAUAGAGCCAUCAUAUAAACAAAGAUCCUCCACAAUCCGGAUGCUAAUGUUUAACCCUUAUUUUUUACCAAACAGAAAUUGGUAAAUAUGUAUUUUAGAUAGCCCGGCAGUGGUUUUCAUUCACCGUUCAUAUCGUGUUACGGAGUAAAGAGCCGGUAAAGGGUACCAGAGGCCGAUGUCGACAGCCAUGGACUUCCAUUCUCAGAUCGCCUCCAUCAUGGAGGUCCUGGCCAACGCCGCCGUCGCAGAAAUCUGCAAAGUUGUGGACGACGGAUACGCGGUAGUUCAUUUGGAAAUGUCCCGGAGCCAGAAGGAAAACGAGUUUCUACGGCGGAAAAUCAAGCUGCUGGAGCUGCAGAUCGCCAGGUACCGAGCUGAGAGGGUGAAAGGAGCAGAGGGAUCCAUCAGCAGCCGCUUCCCCGGAGUGCGCCUCCUCAACCGGCAGAGCAGGGAGGCACAGGCCGGCCCAUCUUUUCAGGGCAGGACAAGGUUUCUGAACCGCAGUCCAGCUGCUCAGCAGUCUGUUCAGAAGAGCCAGUCCAUCAACCUGGACCAGGACCCUGAUCAGGAGGUCGUUACUACCACCAAAUCUGAGUCCACAGAGCCUGAGGAUGAACAUGAACUCAUGAUUGUGAAAGUAGAGGGAGCCGUGGACACCAGUAACACCAGUCAUGAGGCACCAGUAGAAGCUGGAAUCAGCACCAGAGGAGACGCCAACACAACUUCUAAGGACACCAGUGAUUCCCAGCCGGCUGGACGCCGCAGCGAAAUCGAGGUCAGUGGAUCUGACUUCAUCAUCUUUGUUGGGGGCAAGACAGCUGAGACACACAGCACGACAAGUGACUCUACCCACAAUUCUCAGCUGGAGUUAACAGGAGGUGAUAACAGAGCAGGGGGGAGUCAGCCGCUGAACUCACAUGUUGACAUUUUGGCGCACGGGAAUGAGACAAAAGAUACUGCACAUGAAACAAGCAGCUUCACGUCCCAGUCUCUGUCGGAAGUGAUAAUCAUUGAUGGCGGGGGGACUUCAGACAAGGAAGCAGGGGAGCAUGGGUCAGAUGGAGGGAACACAGCUUUAGAUCAGACAAGUAAAAAGACAGACAGAGGAAGCCUCACAUCGGCCAUGAUUCCGUCUGUUCAGGUGGAAACUGCAGAACAGAGUCCAGUGCGGGUCAAGGCAACUCUGCGGGGAGGCACUGCACUGUUCUCCUCCCACGACACUCCAGGAACAUCGAAUGGUGUAACUGCUUCCAGUGAUGCACACACAGCUGACCAACAAACAAACUCAUCCAACAUUGUGCUGCAGCAUUCUGUGACCAAUCCAAACCCGAUCUGCCAGAAAUAUCCCCCUGUCUCCAGUAAAAGACAUGGUUCCAGCAACUUCCAGCUCUCUUUUUAUAACGCUGCAACCAUGGAGCGGCCAUUUGGCUGCACGAGAUGCACAAAGCGCUUCUUCCUGGAGUCUGACCUGCAGAAACACAUGGCACGGCACACAAGGGAGAAGCCGUACACCUGCCUGGUGUGUGGCAAGAGCUUUGUGUGUCAGAGUCAGCUGGAUAUCCACAGGAACGUCCACACUGGUGAGAGGCCCUUCAGCUGCUCCAUCUGCAACCGCCGCUUUUCCCAUCCCAGCAACCUGAAGAGACACCAGAAGAUCCAGCACUGAACAGGAACACGGGACAUUUCACAACCUAGUGACACCAAAGUUUGGAUUCUUACUUUCUUCUACGGAUUGGAGACGAGUUCAUUAAAAGUGCCAUGAAGCAGAUGUUUGCAUAUAUGAGGAACUGUUUGUCGUGAAUGCAUGCUGGUUAUUAGAUUAAUAACUACUGCUCCUAAUGGCCUGUUUACCUUGAUUGAAUGGAAGAGAACAUUCUGACCUUUUCCUCAUUCAUCUAAAAGACGCAAAUUCAAGCCUUUAAUCCACUGACACAUACAGUGGACAAACACCAAAGUGGCAUCUGUAUAAAAGUGUCUCACAGCAGCAGAUUAUAGACAUGUAUUUUUAAACACACACAUUUACUAUUGGUUACAUUCGGUCUGAUGUUGAUUCCAGGUUAAAGUUGACAGAAAAUCAUCGGUAUACAUUUGUCAUUAUUGUAAAACACAUUUCAGUCUUCAAAUCACAGGGAAGGUGGAUGUUUUUUUUACAGCAGCAGACAGUUUCUUAUAAGUUUUCGUGUCUUAUUUAGUUUUAGUUAGCUUUAGUUUUGCAUCAGUUAUUUACUCUUCCUCACUGAGAUCUAAUUCACAUUUAAUAAUUGGAAUUGUAAUAUUCAUUUUUAAUGACACACAGAUGAGUUUUAACAUCCUUGUGUUUUCUCAGUUCUCUUUUUCUUUACUUCUUGAUAAUAACCCUCCCGCAGUCUUUGUCAGGUAGAAAUGACCCCUGGUUCCGUAUAUUCCUGUAGUCUUCCUCUGUCCUCGUCGGGUGGUACGGACCCCUUGGAUCCCAACUUUGAGUAUAAUCCACUUUCCCACUGUCUUUGUCGGAUUGAAGAGGCCCUGUCGAGCCCAACUUUGCGUAUAAACCGCUCUCCCACUGCCCUCAGCAGUGGCAGCAGGAACUGCUGGGUUGAGCAAUCGAAAGACGUGUCAGAUCUGUCCGUCAAAAAAGCACUGUAAAAUACGUACCGUGUGCCACCAAUGUCAGAAAUUCAUCUGCAAAGCCUGUUCAUUCACAUACUGCCCUGCUUGUGCUGACCAGGCGUUUAGUGACUAAACUCAUUGUCGGGGGGGGGGCAGUUUGACCACACCAACC